AUGGGAACUGGAGGGUUGCUGGUCGACAUGACCCCUUCCUCCUUGAGGACACCGAUGAUGUCCAUGUCCUGGCUUGACUCACGCCUCUGUUUACAAAUUAAGCAAACACAGGUAAGGAAUUAGAUUAUUAGGAUUGUGUUUUUAUUUUGUAUUUUUUGGAACAAUGGUCCAAUAUUAAUUCAACUAAAUAUUGUGAGUAUUAUUGUCCUGAAGCCCUGCCUAUCCUGGCGCUAGAGGACGUGGUUCAGGUGUGAGACCGGGUACAAAAGUGUCAAUUCAAAACUUCCAUCCACAGAAAUCUUCCCUGCCAUUAAUUCAGUGCCCCUCAAAUAGAUGUCGAUGUCUAUACACAGGCAGAGAAAGUUGUUGGUACCUUUCUGUUAAAGAAAACUAAACUAAUAAAGCUCACAAAAAUGACUUGAAACUAACAGAAGUAAGAAUGAAACAUAAUAAACAGAAAAUUAACUAAUGAAAUUGUGUUAUUGGAUUUGAAUUUUGGUUUAGCAGAACAAUUUUUAAAAAGUAAAUGCAUGAAACUGACACAUUUAAACACACUUUAAAACAAAAAAAAUCAACAAAACUGGCCUGGACAAAAUUGAUGGUUCCUUUAACUUUAUACUAUGUUGCGCAACCUUUUUAAGCAAUAACUUCCAUUAAGCGAUUUCUACAACUCUCAGAGAGACCUGUGCACCUGUCCACAGGUGUUUUGGCCCACUCCUGGUGAGCAAACUGUUGCUGUCUGGAGAUGACACCCUUUAAAUCUGACACCACUGCAUGUUUCAGCUCCCUCCACAGAUGUUCAAUAGUAUUGAGAUCAGAACUUUGUAGUAUUUUGUCCUUCGUGGUCCUCAAAAAGGACAAUGACCAAAAUUACAGCUAAAAACUCUCAAGAAUGAUAUGUAUUGAAGGUGACAAUGAUUCUUUUCUCAUCUGCUCUUGAAUUUUUUCUUCAGACCACAACAUAUUGUGCUUCUUUUUGACAUCUUUUACACUCCUCUAGUUAAGACAGGUUCUUUUAAAGUGAUUUCAUCAGGUCUAGCAGUAAUCAGGUCUGGGUAUUAAUAUUGAAAUUUCACUCAGUUUUUAAAGAAAAAAAAAAGGUUUACCACAGUUAAUUUGUGAUUUGACAAGAGGGGGUAAUUACUUUUCCAUAUAGGGUCAGGUAGGUAUGGAUCACUUUCUUUUCUCCUUAAAUAAAAUCAUUUGUAAACUGCAUGUUAUAUUUACUGUAGUUAUCUUUGACUUUAAUGUGCAUUGAUAUAAGAAAUCAGACAGGGGCAAAUACUUUUCUGUGUGACUAUAUGUGAGUUUGUCUGUCUUAAACAUAAGGGUGCCAACAAUUUUGUCUGUGUGUGUAUAUCUUUAAGUCAUUUUUUAGUUAAUUAAAUAGUUAUAAAACCUAGUUCCUUUAUUGUGAUUCUGUAAACUACCAAUUGUAGGGGAUAAUGGAAGUUAUAUUUUCAAAUAGUGCAUUUACCUGAAAAUAAUGACAACAACAAAUUACCUCAAUUUUCGUAAAAUUGGUCGUGUUGACCUGAACCCCAUAUUCCGUUUUAAUGGACUUUACAUGGGUCACUCGGAUGGUCUCCCCAACGACGAGGGGUUGUGUGGCUGCCUCCCUCCAAAAAGAGACCUUAAUGGUAGAUUUGUCCUGUAAAACGUAAGGGAACACCUUAUUGUCUGUAGUCACAAUACAUGUAACACUAAAAAUACCACAGGCUCUUGUCUCAUUUAAACCUGAAGGGCUGAGCAGAUGCAUGGUGCUAAACUAAGCAUUAAUUUAUGAGAAAGAUAAAAACUUAAUUGAUCCCCAAGGGGAAAUUUGAUAUCAAGCUUAUGUAGUCACAUCAACGCAUGUAUGAAUUUACUGUAAAUCAGCAUCAUUCGAUGAUCUAUUGAGUGUAAACUAAUCGCGUGAAUUCAAAGUGACAGGCUCAUUAGUGUGAAGUAAGAAAAAGGCAAAUUGACACAUCUGCAUUAAUUCAAGUGUUCUUUCAUCAUGAUUCAUACAUUAUGUAAAUGUUAAUAGUAUACAGUAUCUCACAAAAGCAAAUAGACCCCUCACAUUUCUGCAAAUAUAUAUUUUCAUGGCACAAAACUGAAGAGAUGACACUUUGACACAAUGUGCAUUAGUCAGAGUACAGCUUGUGUAACAGUGUUGGGGCCCAAUUAGCCAUUUUCCCUCCCCGGUGUCAUGUCUCUUGUUAGUAAUACUAGCUUUCAGGUGUGAAUUGGGUGCAGCUGUGUUAAAUUUGGUAUUAUCUGUCCCACACCCUCUCAUACUGGUCACUGGAAGUUUACCAUCGCACCUUAUGGCAAAGAAUUCUGAGGAUCUAAAAACAGAAUUGUGGCUCUACAUGAAGUUGGCCUAGGCUAUAAGAAGAUUGCCACCACCCUGAAGCUGAGCUGCAGCACAGUGGCCAAGACCAUACAGCUGUUAAAUGGGACAGGUUCCACUCAGAACCUCACCACGGUCGACCUAAGAGGUUGAGUGCAUGUGCUCAGUGUCAUAUCCAGAGGUUGUCUUUGGAAAAUAGACAUUUGAGUGCUGCUAGCAUUGCUGCAGGAAUUGAAGGGGUGGGGGGUUAGACUGUCAGUGCUCAGACUUUUGUUGCCAGGGGUGUACACAUUAAUGGCUCUGUGUUGAGUUAUUUUGAGGGCACUGUAAUUUUACAAUGUUACACAAGCUGUACACUGACGUCUAUACGUGGUAUCAAAGUGUCAUUUCUUUAGUUAUAUCCCAUUAAAAGAUCUAAUUAAAUAUUUGCAGAAAAGUGAGGGGUCUACUCACUCUUGUGAGAUACCGUAUAUACACAGACACUUUUAUUGAUCUUUUAUUCACUAUUACUUAUCUCAUUUUCAGGUUCUUUUAGUGACUUAUGUGACUUAUUCUUUCUAGAACAGAAGUGUACCAAAAAUUUUCGCAGCUGCAGUUACCUGCUGCAGGACAAUCUUUCUGAUUGGCACAGCCUCUUUACCAGACUCCGCUUUUCUCACUGCAGACAGCUAAACGGAAGGAAAUUCUGUAUUAGUAAUUUGUAUACUUGAAAAUGCCAUCUUUUUUUCUUGUUAUUUGUGAUGUUUUUAAUUUCCUAGAUCCAUGGCUGUACCAUAGGAGCUCAUUCUGACCUCAACAACCACUCCCUCGAUGGACAUCAGGCCCUGCUGCUCCCAGCAAUAACAGAGGUCCACCAGAGGUGAGGCAGGGUGCAGCAGGCCCUCAGCUCUUAUGUAGAGUUCUCCGGGGCAGUCAAUUUUGCUGCCCCGGAAAAAUUGAGUCCCGCUCCCUACAUUAAUAGUAAAAGGAGGGGACUUUCCAAACAGGGUGUGGCCCCGCAUGAAAUAUGUCCCCCCUUCUUCCACUUUCGCUGCUACAGCUUCAAACAGAGUGACUUUUGUGAUGGAAUUUCCAUCACUGAUUAUAGCUGUUUUAUUAUUUUUGAUGCAGGUUGGGGUUGCGGUGGACUCCUCAAAAUUCCACGCCACCACUUUGGGGGAGUCCUCAAUUUUUUAAAAAAUCACAUGGAGCGGCGGGAGCUUGA